GUAAAUCUAUCGGUAGUGCCAUCAAUAGUUCGUGAGUCAGAUUCCACAAAGGGAUUGCUAGAAUAGAUUACAAAUUAACAAUAUUUUACAAUGUCAUAUCAACAAAGUGGCAUGCCAGAUCAGCAAUUCCUUUGGGACGUAUUUCAAAGGGUUGAUAAAGACAGAAGUGGGCAUAUAUCUGCAGAUGAGCUACAGGUGGCUCUCUCAAACGGUACCUGGAGCCCUUUUAAUCCGGAAACGGUGCGGUUAAUGAUCGGUAUGUUUGACCGAGAGAACAGAGGCACCGUAUCAUUUCAGGAUUUUGGAGCUCUGUGGAAAUAUGUAACAGAUUGGCAAAAUUGUUUUCGCUCAUUUGAUCGGGACAACUCUGGAAAUAUAGACAAACAGGAACUCAAGACCGCCUUAACAUCAUUCGGAUACCGCUUAUCUGACCAUCUAAUAGACGUGCUGUUAAGAAAAUUUGACCGUUUUGGUAGAGGAACCAUACUGUUUGAUGAUUUCAUACAAUGCUGUAUUGUCCUUUAUACACUUACAACCGCAUUCAGACAGCACGAUACCGAUAUGGAUGGAGUCAUCACUAUACACUACGAGCAAUUUUUAAGCAUGGUUUUUUCUCUUAAAAUAUAAUUUGAAUUUUUUUUUUUGUACUUUGUAAAUUAAUAAUAAUACAGUUAUAUUUACCCACGUCCUUAAUUAAAAUCUAUGAAUUUUUUAUUGA